AUGUCGUUACUUCUGCAAAAAAUACGUGAUCGUGAAUACAACUGGAGUAUUUGCGGCGACUUAAAAGUAGCAGCUAUUCUGACAGGAUUACAAACAGGAUACUCAAAAUACUGCUACUUUCUCUCUGAAUGGGACAGUAGAAAUAGGAUGCAGCAUUACAUCAAGAAAAAUUGGCCAAUUCGAAACACAAUGCAGCCUGGAAAUAAAAAUGUUCAACAUCCACUGUUAUUUGAUCUUGACAAAAUUAUAAGCAAUGGGCCUAGCUUUUUUGCUAGAAGCACACAAGGCAGCGCGGUUGCAGUUUAUCUCGUGCCCAAGAGAGCACUGUUGUAA